AUGCUCAGAUCGCCGGAUAAUAAGUCCGUCAUGAGCCGGAUAAUGCUCAGAUUCCGUCCGAUCGCGCCGAAGCCGGCGUCCGGCGGUGGAUCUUCCUCCGGCGAAGCGGAUCCGGAGAUGUGGAAGAGGGCCAAGAGGAAGUACGUCAGAGCCCGCGGCCGGCGGGGUAAGCAAUCGGCCUGCGCAAAGCAGCCGUCGCCGGAAAAAUCCACAAUCGAGGUGGAGACGCCGCCGGCGAGAGCAGGAGUGACGCUGCAGCUUCUACCGGAGAGAUCUGAGGAGAUCUCGUACAGCUCAGAUCUGCGCACCUCGGACAGCGGCUGCGGGAGCUGGCCUCCGGCGGUGCGCGGCGGAGAAAUUUCUCCUCCGGGAAUAAGGCGCGUGGGAUCUGCAAUCGAGACGUUGAUUAUCGUGGAGCGCGUGACGGAGGGGUUUGAGGACGUAGGGUUAGGGUUUUCGGAUGACGAAUUGGUGCGGAGCAUGGAGAGGGACACGUGUCCGGGCUUCAUAUCCGACCCGAGGAACAACGUGAUUUGGGUGAACGAGGCGUACAGGAAGAUGGUCGGGGCCGGGGAGAAGGGGUUUGUUGCCGUGUGGUUGGUCGUGCAAGAUGUGUUGCCCCAAUUUUACCCUUCCUUCGCAUGCAGGGUGAGGGUAGUGGUGCAACGGGGAGGCCAGGGGCAAAAUUGGAACAAAAUAUUGCCAUGCGAUGUUUGGAGGAUGGUGGAAUCCCAUGGAUUUGCAUGGAAAUUGGACGUAAACACCGCGCUUAGCUUAAGCAUCUAG